GUACAUCCAGGACGGAUCGGAAGUGACCAUGGACAGUUUCACCCUCACUCUGACCGACGGCAUCCACCAAGUGACGAAAGACAUAAACAUUGACAUUGUCCCCAUCGAUGACCAGGCGCCGCGACUGCGAGACGGAUUGAAACCACACCUGAUCGUUUCGGAAGGCAACGACGCCGUGGUCACGUCAUCCGUGUUGUCAGCAAAAGACGACGACACUGAUGAAGAACUCCUGACCUUUCUGAUUGUAAAGCAACCGCGCCACGGUACUCUGAAGGUGAACGGCUACGCCGUCACGAAGUUCACGCAACAAAACAUAAAAGAAAAGGUUGUGAAAUAUCACCACAAUGGGGACGAAAUUGGCCCCACUCCGAAGCAAGACAGUGUGUCUUUCAUAGUUUCUGACCAGAACUAUGCUUCAGCUAUAGAGCUUCCCAUUUAUGAUUUGAACAUUACAAUAACGCCGGUUGAUAACCAGAAACCGAACAUUUUGUCCGGCAACCAGAUACUCCUUCAAGAAGGAAGUACGUUUGUUGUGACAGUGGAAAACUUAAACGCGGAGGACAUCGAUACUCUUCCGCGCAACAUCCGCUUCAUGAUUGUCAAACAGCCCCAAUGGGGAUAUCUGGAGAAUACGAAACCGACACCCGGAUCGGGGAAGAGCAAUGCCGGAAUCCAAAUCAAUUCUUUCCGCUUGCAAGACGUCCUCGAUAAAUCCAUCAACUAUGUACAAACGAAUCACAUCGGUGUGGAACCGCUGUACGAUUCAGUGGAGCUGUAUGCUAUGGACGGGAAGCUGCACUCCGAAACGAAAACACUAGCCAUCAACAUCAUCCCGACAAACGACGAAGUGCCCGACGUCAUGUUGCAAGACUUUGCCAUUCUUGAAGGUGGCACCAAGACCAUCAACCAGUCCAUUGUCGACGCCAUCGACUUAGACGUCCCCAAAGAUCCACUUACUUUUUCUAUUUCCAAGCCGCCGAAAUUCGGUAAAAUUGUUGUAAUGUCGCAAUCAAAGACUGGAGGAGUUGAAAAACCAUUCAGAGAUUUCUCUAUCGAAGAACUACAGAACGGAAUUCAGUUGAAAUACAAGCACGAUGAUUCCGAGAACUUCCACGACCGAUUUGUGCUUGUCGUAAGCGACAGUAAACACGCCGUAAGAAAAACGUGUAAUAUAACCAUUAUUCCGGUCAACGACGAAGAACCCAUCAUUACUAAAAACUCUGGCCUCAAUCUUGAGUACGGCAACUUUGGUCUGAUAUCCAGCAGUAGCUUGCUGGCCGAGGACAAAGACACAAACCCUUCGAACUUAAUAUUUGUGCUGAUUUCUCUUCCGAAAAUAGGAAACCUUCAAUACAGAAUGGAAUCUUCUUACCCACCUGCUCAGGCUAGGUGGUAUGACUUUGAAAUGGGGGCUAAUUUUACCCAGGAAGAUAUCAACAGUGACCGAAUACGUUACAUUCACGCUAGUGAUGACACUCAGUCGAAAGUCGACAGUUUCAUCUUCGUGCUGACGGACGGAGUCAACAAACACGGCCCUCUUACUUUUUCAUUCCACAUCAAAAACUCCAAAGCGACGAAGAUUUCGUUACUCAACAAAGGGCUUAAAAUCAAAGAAGGGGCCCGCGCCAUCUUAUCUAACGAUAUCCUAAGCGCUUCUGAUGGUAGCACGGCUGCUGAAGAAAUCCACUUCACAAUCACUAAACCUCCUAGUUUGGGACAGUUGGAAUACAUCAACGCUCCUUUCGAGUCCAUUAAGGGCUUCACGCAGCUCGACUUGGCCGGACAGCAGGUUGUGUAUAACCACAUAUCCAAGAGUGACAUCGCCGAAGACUAUUUCUCGUUCACCGUCACUAACGGCUUGAAAUACACUAGAGACGACCAGCUCCUUAUUCAUAUCGAAUCUCAGGACGAAAUAUUACCCACGCUGGAGGUCAACAAUCCUAUAGAAGUGAUUCAAGGAGCAAAGGUUGCUGUGAGCACGCUCCAUUUGAAAAUCUCCGACCCCGACACUUCUGUAGAAAACCUCACCUACGAAAUUGUCAAACCUCCUAAAUACGGCCACCUGUAUAACCUCAACAAUCUAGUGGUCCACUCUUUCAACCAGCAGGACAUCAACAAGGGUCGCAUCUCGUACGAAAGCGAUGGUUCGUUAGCUACUUUCGACCACUUCAUGUUCAUGAUAAGCGAUGGCCAUCACAACGGGUUUUAUACCAACACAUCUCUUUCCACCCAGCCGGUCGUCUGCAACAUUCACAUAAAAUCCCUAUCGCAAGACGCUCCUCAGCUACAGAUCAACAAAAACCCGGAAAACCUGGAGAGUUUCGGCAAGAAGCGAUACGGUUUCAAGCUGACCAGCAAGUCCCUGAGAGCAUUUGAUUCAGACACCGACAGUUCUCAUCUACUGUACGUUAUUACGAAGCGACCGGUCAACGGUCACAUUGAGAACAUAGCAGCCAAGAGAUACGUCCACCGAAAGUUCACACAGAAGGACCUCGACGAACAGAGCUUGCUCUACAUCAUAAACCCCAAGACCAACGAAGUCAAUGACAGUUUCAGCUUUCGGAUUGAGGACUUCAACGGAAACUCUCUUGAAAACCAAAAAUUUAACAUCAGGUGGUCUCGUACAGAGUUUCAGCUUACAGACUAUGUCGUGUGUGAAAAUAUUGGCACCCUCAGCCUGACACUGUUUCGUAUCGGCAAUGUAGAAAGACCAGCCUUUGUCGACAUCCGUGUUCGACAAAUGUCUGCUAAGCUACAGAAUGACUUCAUCCCCAGCACCACGAAACAGGUCAAGUUUGAACCAGGAAUGAAACAGGCCAGGUGGAAUAUCCUGAUCGAAGGAGAUGACUUGAAGGAGAAUAAUGAGAAGUUCAAACUUAUUCUUCACAGCCCUGUGAACAUUAUUAUUGGCAAAAAGGGUAAAACAACUGUAAAAAUAAUCAAUGCUGUUAAUGCCCAUUGCCCGCAAUACAUCGGAAUGAUUAGUAAAGAACACCCACAGCUUCUGAUGGAGACCAGCAACCACAUCCAGGUGAACAACAACAACAACAACAAAAACAACAACAAACAGCUGCUGCCACAGUUCAACCAUCUGACCAAGUUACUAGACAGCCCCGGGGGUGACGACGACUUCCACAGCACCACGAACAACAAAAACGACAGCAAUGAUGACAACAACAGCAACAGCAACAACAACAACAGCAGCAACAACUUCGAAGUGUCACCCACCAAGUCGAAGAAGAAAGGUACCAAAGGGGGCAAGAAGACGAAGAAAUCAAAGAAAGGGAAAAAGAAAGGCAAGAAGUCCAAAAACAAGAAGACGUCUUCAUCAUCAUCAAAAUCUCUCUCUGAUCUUGGGAAACCUAUCUUGGAGGAAGUAGCAAAGGGCAGCCUCAAAGGAGCCAAGAUAUGUACCCAGAAUACCAAAGAUCUUCUAUUCCUUGACCGAAACAGCAAGAAACUAUACAGCUGUGAUGGGAAGCAGUGGCGUGAAUGGCAUUUCCUGCAAGGUCAGAAGGACCAACAACCACAGAGCAGUCUUUGUGAACAAGGUUGGGCAGAAUACCAAGGCCAAUGUUACAAAUUUGUCAAUGAAAAAAUGACAUGGGACAACGCUGAACUAUUCUGUCGUGGGUCCUUCACGGCCCACCUGGCCAGUGUACUCUCACGAAAGCAUCACAGAUGGAUGGGAAACCUCAGUGGCAAAAACUCUUUCUGGAUUGGUCUAAAUGACAAAUCAGACACGGGAUUCUGGGUCUACAUGACAGGUGACCCCGUCCGCUAUACGAAGUGGCGGCAGGGUCGCCCCCGCAUCAAGCGUACAGCUCACAAGAAGAACUGCGUCCUAGUCAACCGUCGAUUGAAGUGGUCAAACAAAAAGUGUGACCGGCCCAAAGCUAAAUUUGUCUGCCAAAAGGCAACUCUGUCUCAACACAUGUACAAGAGCCAGUCAAUUAGAUACAGACUACGUCAACGAAGAUACUACAGCGCACACUAGUGCACCUGCCAUCACCUGUAAUAAAUAAAAAUAAUAAUAAUAAUAAUAAUGAUAAAUAUAAUAAUACUAAAAAUGAAAAUGGUAAUAAUGAUAUUGAAUAUAUGAAUAAAUCACAU